AUACACCAAACAAUCGGUGGAUCUCUUAACUGAACGUCUGAACCCCUUCCUGCUCCCCGCCGGCUGUUGGAAACAUCCGUCGCUCCCUCGAAUACGUAACUCUCGGUCUCAUACACCAAACGGCGCAUAAUCCCAUUCAGAAUCUCCGCCGCCGGCGUUCAGAUUUUGUGCGUGUUCGGGAGAGUUAAUUCUGAUUUGUGCAAUCAGAGUGAUACCAGGGGCUACUGAAGAAACUGUGUUUAGAAGCACGACUGUAUUACUACACAACUAACCUUAGACGUCGAUGGCUCCUGCUGUUCCUAGAUCUGGAGAUGCCAUUUUCGCUAACGUCGAGCGCGUGAACGCUGAGUUGUUCACUCUGACGUAUGGAGCGAUCGUGCGACAAUUGCUUACGGAUCUGGAAGAGGUUGAGGAAGUCAAUAAGCAGCUUGAUCAAAUGGGGUAUAAUAUUGGGAUUCGUCUAAUUGAUGAGUUCCUCGCAAAAUCUAAUGUCACCAGAUGUGUUGAUUUUAGGGAGACCGCUGAAGUCAUUGCGAAGGUUGGCUUCAAAAUGUUUCUAGGGGUCACUGCGUCUGUGACUAACUGGGAUUCAGAGGGAACGUCCUGUAGCCUUAUUUUGGAGGAUAAUCCACUUGUAGACUUCGUUGAGCUUCCAGACACUUGUCAAGGUUUAUAUUACUGCAACAUUUUAAGCGGAGUUGUCAGGGGAGCUCUAGAAAUGGUAUCGAUGAAGACGGAAGUCACAUGGGUGCGUGAUAUGCUUAGAGGAGAUGAUGCAUUUGAGUUGCAGGUAAAGCUUCUGAAACAAGUUCCAGAGGAGUACCCAUACAAAGAUGAUGAGUAAGUAACAUACAUACAUGCAUGUAUGAUGUAUCCUCUUCAAUAAUAUAUAUAUAUAUAUAUACACACAUAAUAUAUGUAUCUUCGUUACUGAUUUUGUUACAACGUUUGAUGUGUUAGAAUUUGCUCGUAUUAUUGAUCUGGAAUUUGAUGCUUCAUUUCUCAGU